AUGUAUAAAAUGGAAUAUUCUUACCUCAAUUCCUCUGCCUACGAGUCCUGUAUGGCUGGAAUGGACACUUCGAGCCUGGCUUCAGCCUAUGCUGACUUCAGUUCCUGCAGCCAGGCCAGUGGCUUCCAGUAUAACCCGAUCAGGACCACUUUUGGGGCCACGUCCGGCUGCCCGUCUCUCACGCCGGGAUCCUGCAGCCUGGGUACCCUCAGGGACCACCAGAACAGUCCAUACGCCGCAGUUCCUUACAAACUCUUCACCGACCACGGCGGCCUCAACGAGAAGCGCAAACAGCGGCGCAUCCGCACCACCUUCACGAGCGCGCAGCUCAAGGAGCUGGAGCGGGUCUUCGCCGAGACGCACUACCCGGAUAUCUACACCCGGGAAGAGCUGGCCCUGAAGAUCGACCUCACCGAGGCACGAGUCCAGGUCCAGGUGUGGUUCCAGAACCGCCGGGCCAAGUUUCGCAAGCAGGAGCGCGCGGCGGCGGCCGGCGCGGCCGCGGCCAAAAACGGGUGCUGGGCCCCCGGCCCCGGCCCCAUCACCUCCAUCCCGGAUUCGCUCGGGGGCCCGUUCGCCAGCGUGCUAUCUUCGCUCCAAAGACCCAACGGUGCCAAAGCCGCCUUAGUGAAGAGCAGUAUGUUUUGAUCUGGGAUCUUGCGCGGUGGCGGCGACAGCGACAGCGACAGCGGCGAGCCAGGGCCCGCAGGCGAGUGGGCGAGUGGUAGGCGCAAGGGUAUUGUCGCUGCUGCUGUGGCUUUUUCACCGAGGCCUAACGUAAUCACCAUACGAAUAACGAGAAACCGGCGUCACCCCCACUUCAACCCCACUUCAACCCCCUUCCUCAACCCUAAGAACAAAACAAAAAACUCGCCUGGCUUCGCACCUGCCCAGAGCCUGCGCAGAGGGCCGGGGUGAUGCUGCGAUGGGGGGACCUCUUAGGGCGGCUGUGUCUGCGUGUCAGCGGGUGUCAGGCUCGGGAUGUGUGUCUGUGGCCCAAGCAGGUGACAGAGACAGAUGGGAGGGCACAACCACCUCGGCCACUUGCUUCGGAAAAGAAAAAAAAAAAAAAAAAAGAAAGAAAAGAAAAAGAAAAUUGGAAAUACAAAUUUGGAAGGGAGCAACGAUUUUUUAUUUUAGAAAAUGCUAGAAGGGAGGGAGAUAAAGGGAAGAGGGGAGGGGACACGCGGCGCCAGCAGAGAGCUAGAGCUCUGGAACCCCUAAAUUGGCGCCCUCCUGACAGCACGGACUCUUUGGGGACCCCUCUUCAGAGCAGAGUAGGGACCCUUUCGCGGCUUCCUUUCCCCUCGCCCGUCCUUGGGUUGGGCGACAACUCGCUCACACUCCUCCAGCGGCCAAAGUGACUUUCUCGCGCCCGCUUGCCUGUCCCACCUCGCCUGAAAACCAUUCUGCUAUUGGAGCAUCUGAACCCCAAACAGUCCUGACUCUCAACCCCGAAACUUGCAGCCUCUGGGCCCUGAAUGACGCCUCAUCCAUGAGAUGCCUUUUCAUCCACAAACUGUCUCGUAUUUCGCAGCCCCCCCCUUUUUUUCUCUCCUGCCAUCCCCCCACCGGCGUUUUCUUCUUCCACCAGCUUUUCCUGAAC